AUGGCGGGUUGGUUUUCCUCUACUUCUCCACUCGACGAGCAGGUUGAGCGUGCGACAUCAUCAUCGCUAGAGGACAUUGCUCUCAACCUCGAGAUCUCCGACCUUAUCCGAUCGAAAAGCGUCCAGCCCAAAGAAGCGAUGAGGUCGCUCAAACGGCGACUAGAAAAUAGGAAUCCGAACGUGCAGAUUGCGACAUUGAAGUUAACCGACACAUGCGUGAAGAAUGGCGGGUCCCAUUUUCUGGCGGAAAUUGCGUCGCGCGAGUUUAUGGAUAAUCUGGCGUCUCUCCUAACAGCUGAGGGAGCUCCCCUGAAUACUGAUGUGAAGGAGAAGAUGCUGGAACUCAUUCAGGAUUGGGCUAUGGCGGCCCAAGGCCGCAUGGAUCUCAACUAUCUGGGCGAGACCUACCGCAGGCUGCAGAGCGAGGGUUUCCGCUUCCCCCCGAAGAAUGAGAUUAGUGGGAGUAUGUUGGAAAGCAGUGCGCCUCCUGAGUGGAUUGAUUCCGACGUUUGUAUGCGCUGCCGUACACCAUUCAGUUUCAUGAAUCGUAAACACCAUUGCCGCAAUUGCGGUAAUGUCUUCGAUGCUCAGUGCUCCAGCAAAACCCUGCCCCUGCCUCACUUGGGGAUACUGCAGCCCGUUCGCGUCGAUGACGGGUGCUAUGCCAAAUUAACAUCAAAGUCAUUCAUGCCAUCUAAUUUGUCAGACCGAUCUGCGUUCAAGAACCACUCCAUCACCAAGUCAAACGCGAUGGAACCUCGCGGCGCGAGGGCAGAAGGGGGAUUUGAUGAUGACCUGCGGCGGGCGCUUCAACUGAGCUUGGAAGAGGCUCAGAAUAAGGGCUCUUCUGGCUACAUGCCAUCAACUAGGCUCAAUGACGAACCGGCAAAGACGACUACUCAGGCCAACCACGAGGAGGAGGAAGACGCGGACUUGAAAGCUGCCAUCGAAGCUUCUCUGCGGGACAUGGAGGAACACAAGAAAAAGCAUGCGGCCGCCCUGAAGAGUAAUGCAGCAGCGACGGACUUUUCCGCUCGUGAUACUACCACCGCAACACCCUUGCCCAAAAAUCCCUAUGAGCUGAGCCCCGUCGAGGUAGAAAACAUUCACCUGUUCGCCGCCCUCGUUGACAGGUUACAACAUCAACCUCCGGGGACGAUCCUACGGGAACCCCAAAUCCAAGAGCUGUACGAGAGCAUCGGUGCUCUCAGACCCAAGCUUGCCCGCAGCUAUGGGGAGACUAUGAGCAAGCAUGAUACCCUUCUUGACCUGCAUGCUAAGCUGUCCACGGUGGUGCGGUAUUACGAUCGCAUGCUAGAGGAACGAUUAUCUAGUGCAUAUUCACAGCAUUCGCUCGGAUACGGAACUGUGCCAGGCGGUUCCCCAUACCCCAAUAUAUAUGCUUCAAUGCCUUCCCACGCCGCGGAGGGUAAAACUGGAGCCGAAAACUUUUAUUACGGCAACCCGGUUGCCGAUAGGGCGCCUCCAGUUGGUAACGCUUAUGGAUACCCUCAGUCCAGCAGGGAGAUUCGUGAGCCAGCAGCGGCUCCCAGUGGUCCGACCAGCUCCGGCAUGUAUAAUCAACCGGCUCUGGCAGUGCCUCAAAAUCCGCCGUGGAAUGGAAACGUUCCUGUCGCAUCUCCUCAACCAUCUGCUCCCUCCACUCCUUUCCCCAACAAUCCUUCAGGAUAUCCUGGCCCCUCCGCUCCGACGCAAUACUACGUGUCCGCACCGCAUCCAGAACAAGAUCCGAAUGCAUAUUCAAGUCCCCGGCCUGGGGAGACAGAAAUAUCUCACCAGCCGUCGCCGAUCAUGCGACGAGAUUCUUACUAUCACUCAGCUGGAGCGCCUGUCGCUGCGCGGGCGAGUGCACCGGAACAAUCACCGCCUACAGACCAGGGCCAGUCUCCAGGUUAUAUGCAAUACGCAGACCCUCAUCCUGUGCAAUCGACUGGUCAACCUACCCCUCAGCAUCAGCCGACGGCGCCUCCCGCCCAGUCAUACUACUUCCAGCAACAACCUCCACAAGGCGCACCGCUUCCAACACACUCGCAGACACCAGCUGCGCCAUAUGGAACGUACCCUGGCGGAGACGUUUCCCCGAUCAGUGCGUCUGCACCUCCGGCACAUUAUCAACACGUUGCGCCGACCAAACCGGCAGUUGAGGAAAGUCUGAUUGAGCUGUAG